GUUGCCGGAGCUGCUGCUGCUUCUGGUCUUUCUCUUGCUGAGGUUGCAGCCGUAGCAAAACAUGCAUCUGAAAUGGUUGGGACAAUAGGCGUUGCAUUGUCUGUUUGCACAUUGCCAGGUCACGUUACGUCGGAUCGUUUGGGCCAAGGGAAGAUGGAGCUUGGUCUUGGAAUUCAUGGGGAACCAGGUGCUGCUGUAGCUGAUCUCCAGUCAGUCGAUGUCGUGGUUUCUCAUGUUCUCCGUCAGAUAUUGUCGCUG